ACAACCGAGACGCGACGAGCCGGGAGCCGGUGAGGCAGACUGCCGCGGGGAAAUACACGAGGCAACGAUCGUGCAAAAAGAUUUCGUAGCAAUAUGACAGAGUUUUGGAAGGAGCACUCUAAGGCUGCUACAGUGGAGGAGAUGAUGCUGGAUUCUCGUGCCAAAGAACUGACUCAGCAUGAGCUGCCAGAGAUCCUCUCCAUGCUGCCUAGCCUGGAGGGAUGCAAAGUGCUGGAGCUGGGAGCAGGAAUUGGUCGUUACACCAAGCACCUGCUGACCAAGGCAGCCCAUGUGACUGCUGUGGACUUCAUGGAAAGUUUUAUAGAGAAGAACAGGCAGAAAAAUGGCCACCAUAGCAAUGGUACCUUCCUCCAAGCUGAUGUCACAAAGCUGGAUGUUCCCCAAAACAGCAUUGAUUUUAUCUUCUCCAACUGGCUACUGAUGUAUUUGAGUGACGAGGAGCUGAAUUCGGUUAUGCAAAAAAUGCUUACCUGGCUGAAGCCUGGAGGCUUUCUGUUUUUCAGAGAGUCCUGCAACCACCGGUCAGGUGACAGUAAGAGGGAUUUCAACCCCACCUGCUACCGUACUGAGGCCCAAUAUAGCCACAUGACUACAACAGUGCAAGUGACGGAGCCAAAAGAGGGCCAAACGUUUGGUUUCGACAUUGUCUUGAAAAGGAGAGUUCAGACCUACGUUGAGAUGAAAAACAAUCCAAAUCAAAUCUGCUGGUUGCUAGAGAAGGUCACUCGCUCCUCGAACAGCCAGAAUGGAUUCAAAACCUUCCAGCAAUUCCUGGACAACCAGCAGUACACCAAACGUGGCAUCCUGCGCUAUGAGAAGAUGUUUGGGGCUGGUUACGUCAGCACAGGAGGGCCUAGCACCACCAAGGAGUUUGUGGACCUGCUGAACCUGAAGCCAGGACAGAAGGUUCUGGAUGUUGGUUGUGGCAUUGGUGGAGGAGACUUCUACAUGGCAAAGGCAUUUGGAGUGGAAGUGCUCGGCUUGGAUCUGUCAGACAACAUGGUGGACAUUGCAAUAGAGAGGGCAAAAGCAGAGAACGUUCCAUCAGUGCGGUUUGAGGUUGCCGAUGCUACAAAAAGGACAUUUCCAGAAGAUUCAUUUGAUGUGAUCUACAGCAGAGACACAAUCCUGCACAUAGAUGAUAAACUAGCCCUCUUCAAACGCUUCCAUUCAUGGUUAAAGCCAGGCGGACAGUUGCUUAUCAGUGACUAUUGCUGUGGGAAGAAGCCCUGGACCCCAGCAUUCGAGGCCUAUGUGAAACAAAGAGGCUAUGUCCUGUAUACGCCUUCAGAGUAUGGCAAGUUCAUUCAGGAGGCUGGUUUCAGCAAAGUUCGAGCCGAAGACCGCACAGCCCAGUUCAUCGAAGUGAUUAAGACAGAGCUGCAGAGAGCAGAGGCCAUUAAAGAUGAAUUUAUUAAGGAAUUUUCUGAAGAGGAUUAUUUUGCAAUAGUGAAUGGAUGGAAAGAAAAACUGGAACGUUCCAACAGUGGAGACCAAAGAUGGGGACUUUUUCAUGCGACAAGAGACUGAGCUGUUGAAGCUCGCCGUGUUAGAGAUAAUAAAAGAAAAAAGAAACAAUGUUUCUGCUACAUUAUUCUUUUUCUGGGUAUCCUGUUGUCUUUAAAGCAAAUCACUGACAACUCUUUCAUUAUUUUGUGCCAAUAUACCUUUAACUAAGUGAUCUACACUUUGCCAUCUUGCAUUUCUAGUGAGCAAAUAUUUUUGGGAGUAUAACAACAACGGAGUGUAAAAGAAGGUCCAGACAACUGCACAAAGUAAUCAAGGUUUAUUCUGAUUAAGCAGGUUGUUGGUGUCCAAUUACUUAAAUGUAAACAAGUUGAAAUGAGUUCUUGAACUAAAAAAAAUAGCACUGUUCUCAACCGCAGAGGCAAAAUCAAUUGACAGCAGAUUGAUUUUUGAAGGACGAUGCAAUUAAUUAUUUCUAGUUAAAUUAACAGGUGCACGAAUUAGUUAACAAACAGUGUAUUGCAACAAGCUUGAGUAGCUAAUACUGAGCAGAUAAACCUGAGGAAAACAAAUUCAACAGGAACCAGUUAAACUGGUUGAAGCAGUCAGCUCAUCUUUUCUGAGCUGUCUGCAUUCUCAUGACAUCAGUUUACAGUUUAAAACCAUCAAUUGGAGUUGCAAGUAUUGCAAUUUGCUCAUCUGGCUGGAUUGCCACAUUAGGUAGCUCCACAUGUUUGAUUUGGCAGAGUUUCAUGCCACAUGCCCUUCCUCAUGUAACCACAAAGAAACUUCCAUCUCCAUCCAGGAAAAAUAACUAGAGAUCUUUUGUUUGGUAGGCAAAUGUGUAAACCGCUACAAUAAGAGCCACGGUUGGUAAAGCAUUGCAACACCUCCUAAAUCCCAAAUGUUUAAUUAAAUACAUAGUUUAUCAUUUCUUAAUAAAAGCUGGAAUAAAUCAGUCUCAUGCAUUCUAAAGAAAAAUGCCAAUAAAUAAAAGAUAAGUACUCCGUGUUUAACUGCUUCUUCAAAUAUUCUUGUAUGCCACAUUCAUCCACUGUGCAGAUUUGCAAUAAUGAUUCUGAUCCAUUUUUAAGUUUGUGUGUUAACGCAGCAGAUUUUCCUAAAUGCUAAAAGUCUUCGUAACACUUUAUAAUGCCACUGUUAAUAAAA